UAAAUGUGGUAAUAAUUAUCAGCAGCCUCUCAAUUAUCUUGAGGUCAUAUUUCUGUCAACCAUCUAUAUACCCUCCAUACAUUGGCAUGUAGUAUAAGCAGCCUUGGGCCUAUCCAAGGAAGUUUUGAAAAGCAUGGCUUUUCCUACGAUUAUGAAGGCCUUUGGCUGCCUUCUUUUGUUGUCUCUCUUUUCUUUUUCAUUUGUUUUGUCGACGUCUGAAGAAGUUCCGGAAGGUUCUGAAUUUGGAGUUGAUGCUCGUGCCAGUUUUGCCAAUCCCAGGCUUAGAAAUGCUUACAUUGCACUUCAAGCAUGGAAAAAAGCUAUAUUUUCUGACCCAAAAAAUAUGACAGGGAAUUGGGUUGGUCCUAAUGUUUGCUCAUAUAAUGGUGUGUUUUGUGAGCGAGCAUUAGAUGAUCCGAAUUUGACUGUUGUUGCUGGUAUUGAUCUUAACAGCGGAGAUAUUGCUGGGCAUUUAGUGACACAACUUGGUCUCUUGACGGAUAUUGCACUUUUCCAUAUCAACAGUAAUCGUUUUUGUGGCAUUAUUCCUGAAGAGUUCUGUAAGUUGACACUUCUGCAUGAAUUUGAUGUGAGCAAUAACAGAUUUGUUGGUACCUUCCCGAAAGUUGGUACUUGUUUGCCUGCCCUCAAGUACCUUGAUCUUCGGUAUAAUGAUUUUGAAGGGCCAUUGCCUCGAGAACUUUUUGAUAAGCCUCUGGAUGCUUUGUUCUUGAACAACAAUCGGUUCUCGUCCCACAUCCCUGAAAAUCUUGGAAACUCACCUGCUUCGGUGAUUGUUUUGGCUAACAAUGAAUUAACAGGCUGUAUGCCCAACAGUAUUGGCAAAAUGGACAAAACAUUGAAUGAGUUAAUUUUCUUGAAUAAUAACUUGACUGGUUGCUUGCCUGAAGAACUUGGAAUGUUGGGAAAUCUGGAUGUGUUUGAUAUCAGCUAUAACAACUAUAUUGGGACACUACCGAAGAACUUAGGAGGGUUGAAACUGUUAACCAGAAUCGACAUUGGACAUAACAACUUCUCUGGGGUAGUUUCUGACUCUGUCUGCGCGUUGCCAAGCUUACAGAACUUCACAUAUUCUUACAACUAUUUCCAAGAUGAGAUGAAAUCUUGUUUAGCACAAAAGCCCAACCUAGUGUUUGAUUUCAAGAAAAAUUGUUUGCCUGACAAACCAGACCAAAGAACUCCAGAAGAAUGUUAUCCUGUGGUGAAGAAUCCUGUCAAAUGUGAAGCUGUUGGUUGCAGACCAAAUCCCACUCACCCAAGUCCUGUGAAUAUUUCUCCUCCAUCCAAAGUGCAACCAGAAACACGAAAUCCACAGCCGAAACCUCAGCCACCUAAGACUUCACCCCCUCCAAGUCCGAAGCCCACACCGGCUCCUGUAGUCGAACCACCACCAUCACAACCUGUAGCAUCUCCACCACCACCAGUUGCCUCACCCCCACCACCCGUACAUUCACCUCCCCCACCUGUAGCCUCACCUCCACCACCCGUACAUUCACCUCCACCACCUGUAGCCUCACCUCCACCACCCGUGCAUUCACCUCCCCCACCUGUAGCCUCACCUCCUCCCCCAACUCCCUCCCCUCCUCCUCCAACUCCCUCACCUCCUCCCCCGUCCCCUCCUCCACCAGUUCAUUCACCUCCACCUCCUUCACCUCCUCCGCCCUCACCUUCACCUCCACCACCAGUCCACUCACCUCCCCCACCCUCACCCUCACCUCCACCACCAGUCCACUCACCUCCCCCGCCAGUACACUCACCACCUCCACCCGUCUUCUCCCCACCACCGCCUGUCUUCUCUCCACCACCCCCUGCUCCAGUUCAUUCUCCACCACCACCACCAGUCCUCUCACCACCUCCUGCUCCAGUUCAUUCCCCACCACCACCAGUCCUCUCACCACCACCACCUGCUCCGGUUCAUUCCCCACCACCACCAGUCCUAUCACCACCUCCCGCUCCAGUCCAUUCUCCGCCACCACCAACUCCUCAACAAUCACCACCUCCCGCAGAUGAUUUCAUCUUGCCAGAUAAUAUAGGAGCCCUUUAUGCAUCACCACCUCCACCUAUGUUCCAAGGCUAUUAAACCAGCUAGUACUCAUUCAUAUUCUUGAUCAAUGUAACUAUCAUUGUAACUUCAUUACAAAAGAACAUGAACCUUUGAACUGGGCAUGAAAUGAUUUAUGAAUAUUUCUUCAG